GAAGCGACAAUAUUUGUACAAUAUUCGCUUGGGUCGGACAGGUUAUCGGCGCCGCGGUAUAUAAGAGGGGUCUCUGAAAAAAAUUCGGCAUACACACAUCUGAUUUUAAAGUUCUCUCUACAUCUGUGAUAGAUAACUAACAAAAUGAUGAAAUACUUGGUUAUCCUUGUUUUGGCGCUAUUCGCCAUGGCUGCGGCCCAGGGAGGACGUUAUGGAGCAAACAGACCUUCACCUGUGAACGUAGUGGACAACAACAACCCAGGAAACGUGAACUUUGUCGACAACAAUCCCAGCAGCAACAACAAUCCCGGUAACGUGAACUUCGUCGACAACAGCAACCCGGGUGGCGUGAACUUCGUGGACAACAACAACCCCGGUAACGUGCACGUUGUUGACAACAACCCCUACGACAACAACCCGGGUAACGUGCACUUUGUCGACAACAACAAUCCGGGUAACGUGCACUUUGUCGACAACAACAACCCGGGUAACGUGCACUUUGUCGACAACAACAACCCGGGUAACGUGCACGUAGUUGACAACAAUCCGUACUACGACCCAUAUUACAACAACCCGGGUAACGUGCAUGUGGUAAACAACAAUCCUGGACCAAUUAACGUCUACAACCCUGACCCGUCCUUCAGCCGGCCUUCAAACCCCCCUCCCGGCGGUGAGCCAGUCGACAUUUCUCCUGUGUACGUCAACCGCCCCGGCAAGCAAUUCACCAACCCCUUGUGGCGUGGAGGCAGCGGACGUCGUUAAAUACUUGAAGUAUUACACAAUUAUAUAAACCUAUAUAACUAUUAUAUAGAAGUAAAUGUUUUAAGCUAUUACCAGCACAAUAAUACGUUUCUUAUGAGCGAAAUUAUACAAAUAUAAUCAUCAUA